GCUCUCUGACUCUCGUGAUGUUUUCAUACAGGAAAGAGAGAGAGAGAGGGAUUGUUGAAAAGGCAGAAGGCCAACUUGUGUGGCCACAGUCUGGUGAAGGACCUCAGAGAGCCAGAAAGAAGAAACUGAAAGUGUAAUCAUCAUGCCGUUCCUUCUAGACGUCGUCUGUGGAGGUUUGAUUCUGCUGCUGGGAACUGAGAUCCUCUGGGUGGCUGGUGCACAGAAGCGCUGUGAUAAGGAUAUCACGAUGGUAACUAAAUCCAAGUGUCAUUCCUGCUCCUUAUCACAUUUAGCGAAGUGUCCCAAUGGAUACGCUAAGAUGCCACCAGGCACAAGCGAUAGGGACUGCAGGUAUUAUGUCACACCUGUUUUUUCUAUCUCGGGCUGUUCGUUUAAUUGCUUCAAAGAAGUGGUGGAGCCCCAGUGCUGUCGAGGUUAUUGGGGCAAUGACUGCAUGGAGUGUCCAGGAUCAGCAUCGACGCCAUGCAGCAAUAAUGGAGUCUGCUCUGAUGGUAUAGCAGGCAAUGGGACUUGCACUUGCGCAUCUGGUUUUACAGGAGCAGCUUGCGAGGAAUGCAAAACAGACUUAUAUGGACCCACUUGCAGUAAUGUGUGUCGUUGCAAGAAUGGACUGUGUAGCAGCGGUUUGAAAGGAACAGGAGAGUGCACAUGUUUUUCUGGGUACACCGGCCUAGACUGCGCCCAAGAGCUCCCAGCAUGUGCUGCUUUGCAGUGUGGGCCGGAUUCUCGUUGUAUCGAGGAAAUGUUGACAGGGCAGCUUGUGUGCAAGUGCAAACCUGGUUAUCAAGGGGAUGGAGUACAGUGUACAUCAAUCAACCCGUGCUUGAGGAGUGUGUGCCAUGCGAAUGCAGUGUGUGCGCAUACGGGACCGAACAAGCAUGUCUGCACAUGUACAGAAGGCUAUAGUGGCGACGGUCGAGUCUGCAUGCCCAUUGACCCAUGCCAGACUAAUCUAGGCAACUGCACAUCUGGCUCUACCCGCUGUGUGUAUGACGGUCCUGGAAAAGCUCACUGUGAGUGUUUGGAGGGAUUCGAGAAGUUUGUUGAAGGGCAGGGCUGCAGUAUUAUAGAUCUGUGCAAACCAGACUCCUGCCAUAAAUACGCCACCUGUGCCACAGCUGAACCAGGAACAGUGGAAUGUAACUGCCGCGAAGGUUUCAUUGGGAAUGGAAAAAUAUGCUUUGGGGACAUCAUUCAACAGCUGAAUGAAAUGAAUUCGAAGCCAGGAGGAAAAUGGACGGGUCAGCUCUCCAGUGCCAUCACACUGUUCAAUCAAGUCACAGGAUGGUUCUUAACCGCUCGUGGACCAUUUACCGUGUUUGUCCCAGUGAACAAGGCUUUUAAGGGCACGUCUGUGAAAUCCCUGCUGGCUGACGAGAUGAAAGCUCGCUAUCUUGCUAAGCUACACGUGGUUGCUGGAGAGGUGAACUCUGAGUCUCUGAAGAAGGGAAUCCUCUUCCAUACGCUCACCGGCAUGGGUGCAGAAUCAAUGAUAGAUGCAGAGCAGGUGAAGAUACGUCUUCAUGGUAGCCGUAAGAAAGGAGCGCUCGUGGAGUCUGACAUCUUUGCCUCAAAUGGAAUGAUUCAUUUGAUCGACAAGCUGAUGGAUGCAGUUCCUUCCACUGUGAUCAGCGAGAAAGAGGAAAGCUUGCUGGAGAUUCUCUCUAAAAAUGGAAAGUUCUCUCAGUUUAAGUCUCUGCUUGAGAAAACCAAUUUGGCAACUGUUUUAGAAGAAGACGGACCGUACACACUGUUUGCGCCAACAAAUGUGGCUUUUGCCUUGAUGAAGCCAGACUAUUUAGCCUACCUAAAAUCUGAAGAGGGUAAAACCAAACUACUUGAACUGAUGCGCAAUCACAUAGUGUCCACGACUCCGCUAAGCGCCUAUGUUAUUGUGUCAAACCCUCGUGCUGUGACCAUGGCUGAACAGAUCCUGACAUUUAAUGUGACUACUGCUGGGCAGAUUCUAGUCAAUGGGGAAUCUGUAAUUGAACUGGACGUUGAAGCAAAGAAUGGCCGUCUUCAUUCACUUGAGGGUCUUCUGAUACCUCCGUCUAUAGAGCCCAUCCUACCUCACAGGUGUGACAUCAUAAAGCCCAUUAAGUAUAUGGCUCCAUGUGUUAGCUGUACACUUAUCUCCAAAUCUACUUGUCCAACUGGUGAAUCACUGAAGGCAUACAGAAGAGGCUGUGUUUUCAAUAAGAAGCAACUUGGCCUGAGCUUACCCAGCAUUGGCUGUUCCCACAUCUGCAAUGACACAAAGACUACUCCUCAGUGCUGUAAAGGUUUUUUUGGACCUGACUGUUCCCCAUGCCCGGGUGGUUUUACCACCCCCUGUUCCUCUCACGGGACGUGCUCAGAAGGCAUUGAUGGAAACGGCACGUGCCAGUGUGAGCCCAAGUUCAAAGGAUCGCGCUGCCAAUACUGCGCUGACUCCAACAAAUAUGGCCCGAACUGUGACAAAACCUGUUGGUGCAUACAUGGCACAUGCGAUAACCAUCCAGAAGCCAGUGGGAAAUGUAAGCAGGGCUCCUGUAAAGACGGCUAUACCGGAGAGUACUGCGAGCUGCAGACCCAGCCGUGUGGACCAAACCAGCCCUGUCAUGCACACGCCAACUGUGUGUCCAAUAAAGGAGCAUUCACGUGUGUUUGUAAACCUGGUUUUCAAGGAGAUGGAUACAUGUGCAUGGAAAGUGAUCCCUGCGCUUUACCUCAUCGCGGAGGCUGCAGCAAAAAUGCCAUAUGCAUAAAGACUGGUCCCGGGACACACAAGUGCAAGUGUCUGAGUGGAUGGAGGGAGGAUGGAGAUGAGUGCCAGGCCAUUAAUAACUGUCUGGAUCCAUCUAGAGGAGGGUGUCACCCCAAUGCCACCUGCAUCUACGUGGGGCCAGGACAGAUUGACUGUGCUUGCAAAAGUGGUUACCACGGCAACGGGAGGGAGUGUGAACCUGUCAAUCAGUGUGUGGAGCAGAAGGGUGGAUGCCAUUUCCUGGCCACCUGCCAGUUCCUGAACCCAGAUGGAUGGCAUUGUGUGUGUGAAGAUGGCUAUGCUGGUGACGGGAAAAUUUGUUAUGGGACUUUACUGCAGGAGGUGUCGACAAACCCAGAUCUUCUGGGUUUUAACCAGUGGAUCUCCAAAGCAGAACUUUCUCAGCUGCUGUCAGAGAGAGAAAAUCUCACACUAUUUGUGCCGUCGGCUCAAGCCAUAGAGAAAAUGAGUAAAGAAGACAAAGACAUCUGGAUGACCCCCAGUAACCUUCCAAGUCUUGUCAAAAAUCACAUCCUUUCUGGGAGUUUUACUCUCAGUGAUCUUAACACCUCCCCAUCCCCACCCCCACGACUGGUUUCCCUUUUGAAAAGGACACUUCCUGUUUACUCGACCAAUGAUACAACCAUUGUUGCAGGAGGAAAAAUUACAUUUGGAGAUAUGGCAGCAAAGAAUGGAGUUAUACAUCUUAUUGACACAGUGCUGAUCCCAGAGCAGCAGAUGAGUGAAGGUUUACUGCAGGUUUUGAAAAAGAGGUCUGAUCUCUCUCUCUUCUAUGGCUCUCUUUUGAACCACAACCUGACAAACGAAAUGGAGGAAUCUUUGGGUUUUACAGUGUUUGCUCCAACAGACAACGCAAUACAAGAUUACCUAAAAAGAACAGGCAAAGAAUCAUUGGAUUUGAAUGUGACCAUGUAUCACAUUAUACUGACUGAGAUUUUAAAAGACGUAGAUUUGGUGGAUGGACUGUACAAGGACACCAUGCUGGGCUUCCAAUACCAACUGGGAUUUUUCCGUCAAGAUAAGAGAUUGCUUGUAAAUGAGGCUGAGGUGAAUGUGACAGACUUGGAGACCAGUAAAGGCGUCAUUCACAUCAUAUCUGCUGUCCUCAACAUCCCCAGCAAUCGCUGUGACAAAGCUACCAGUAUUCUUUUCUCGGGACGUUGCAUGGACUGUUUCCAAACAAUUAUAAACCCAUGUCCUUCAGGAACUAAAAAAGUGAUGAGCAGAAAGAGAAGAUGCAUGUACAGCCGGGUGUUGCAUGGAGACACACUGCUGACCAUUGGAUGUAAAUUUUCUUGUGAGAAAAUGACCAUUGAAAGAAUAUGUUGUUCGGGUCAUUAUGGUAUCAACUGUGAGAAGUGCCCGGGAUCCGAAGAUCAGUCUUGCUUUGGCAACGGCAUAUGUAAAGACGGCAUCAAUGGCACAGGGGUCUGUCUGUGCAACCAGGGCUUUAACGGCACCGCAUGUGAAUCCUGCCAGCCUGGCAAAUAUGGAAUUCAUUGUGAUCAAGAGUGCAAGUGUGUCCACGGACGCUGCAAAGAUGGUAUAGAUGGAGAUGGCAGCUGUGCAUGUGAUCUGGGCUGGAGAGGAGUAAACUGCGACAUUGCUAUUAAAUCAGAUAUGUGCGGAGGAAAGUGCCACAGCAGUGCCAACUGCUUGGUGAAUGUGGUGGACAGCUCAUAUUACUGUAGUUGUGCUGCAGGAUUUCAGGGAAACGGCACAUAUUGUGAAGCUAUAGAUGCAUGUGCAGAGAGGAAUGGAGGUUGCUCAGCCCAUGCGGUGUGCAAGCGCACUCUUCCCGGAAGGAGAAUAUGCAUGUGCCAUCCAGGUUAUGCAGGCGAUGGAAAUGUUUGCACUUCCAUCAAUCCAUGCCUGGAUGGUGUAAAUGGAGGAUGCCAUGCGGAUAGUAACUGCAUUCAUACAGGCCCUAAUAAAACAGCAUGCCACUGCAAGGAGGGAUUUUAUAAGGAUGGAAAGAAUUGUGAACUUAUCAAUCUUUGUAAGGAGAAAAACGGAGGAUGUCAUAGGGCAGCCAUUUGUACUAUGACAGGACCCCUGCAACGGAACUGCACAUGCCAUGCUGGUUAUGUUGGAGAUGGAGAGAUCUGCAAAUAUACCCUGCAAAGAGAAUUAUCAAUCGAAACUGCAAGGACUGCAUUUGUCAAGGCAAUGUUUAAAAACCGUAUUUAUGAACUUGACACCCGUGGCCCCUUUACAGUCUUUGCCUUCAGAUCAGAAAAUUAUAAAAACCAGUCAAUAGAUCUUGUAAAGCGGACUCCUGAAAACACCAGAAUCAUGAGGUACCACAUAGUGUGCUGCCGGACCCUCCUUCCACAAGACCUCAUGCAGCCUCGUAACCUGACCACACUUUCUGGGGACAUCCUCUCCAUCACAUACUCUGAGAAUACUAUAUACAUCAAUAACAAGGCCAAAGUGCUGUUCAGCGAUAUUGAAAGCAGCAACGGAAUUUUACACGAGAUCGACUCUGUCCUGGUCCCACCUGGAUUAGAGAUUCGGGAAGACAAAAAGCAAGACAUCAUACCGCGUAACUUUUCAGAAGUGGCCAGUGCCAAUGGUUUCAAGACAUUCUUCAAGCUUCUUGAGGACACUGAUACAUUGAAGUUGGUGAUGGACCCGAUUCAUCAGCCAGUCACACUGUUUAUGCCCACGGAUGAUGCAAUGUCUGCUCUGUCUCAAGAGCAGAAAGACUUCCUGUAUGCAAUGCAUAAUCGUGAUAAACUAUCUGAGUAUCUCAGAUACCACAUCCUGCGGGACACCAAGCUCAUGGCUUCAGAACUCAUCUACGCCAGCUCUUUGAAAACUCAGCAGGGCUCAGAUCUGUCAGUGGCCUGCAUGGGGGAAGAGCAAAUAGGGGAGCUUUAUGUGAAUCAUAAAGGCUGUCGUAUUGUAAAGAGAUAUCUUGAUUUUAAUGGAGGCAUGAUUUAUGGCAUUGAAUGUCUGCUGAAUCCUCCAAGCCUUGGGGGACGUUGUGAUCACAGGCAAACCAUUGAUUUCACGUUAGCUUGCCGGAGUUGUGGGAGCAGUAUUAUGGAUUGUCCACUUGGAAGCAAGCCAGUGGGAGAACAAGAGUGUGUCCUUCCAGAUUCUGUUAUAUCAAGGGGAUCAAAAUGUCAAUCAACAUGUAAAGUGGUCGUGUGGAAGCCCAAGUGCUGUUCAGGGUACUACGGCAGGGACUGUCUUGCAUGCCCUGGAGGUCCACAAUCUCCUUGCAGCAACCAUGGAAAAUGUGAUGAGGAUCAUUUAGGCAAUGGCACCUGUACUUGUGACACUGGAUUUACAGGUGUAGCCUGCGAGUCGUGUUUGGAUGGCCAUUUUGGACCAGAUUGCAACGCCUGCAAUUGCACAGAACAUGGGUCAUGUGAUGAGGGUCUUCAAGGUACCGGGUCAUGUUUUUGUGAAGAGGGCUGGACUGGUCCGCAAUGUGAAAACAAAUUAGCCGAUGGUCCUGUUUGCAAUCCUGCUUGCCAUGAGAAGGGCGUCUGCAUGGAAAACAACACCUGUGUGUGUAAGCCCUUCUAUGAGGGAGAUGGUAUCACCUGCACAGUGGCCAAUAUGUGCAAGUACUGGAACGGCGGCUGUUCAAAGGAUGCGAAAUGCAGUCAGAAGGGGGAGAAAGUGAGCUGCGCGUGUCUCCAAGGGUUUUCUGGCGAUGGUUUUGUUUGCACACCCAUCGACCCCUGUGUUGAUGGUGAAAAUGGAGGGUGUCAUGAACACGCCACCUGCACCAUGACUGGACCUGGUAAGAGGAAAUGUGAGUGUAAAGAUAGCUACGUUGGUGAUGGGAUCGAUUGUGAAGCAAAGGUGUUGCCUGUCAAUCGCUGUCUAGUAGAUAACGGACAGUGCCAUUCAGAUGCUCAGUGCACAGACCUGCACCAUGAGGAUAAAACAUUAGGGGUUUUCCAUUAUCGCUCCACCAAUGGAACAUACAAGCUCAACUACACCAUGGCACAGGAGGCCUGCAAGGAGGCGGGAAGCACCAUCGCUACCUACAUGCAGCUGUCCUAUGCGCAGCAGGCAGGGUACAGCUUGUGCACAGCAGGCUGGCUUGACAAAGCAAGGGUCGCGUAUCCCAUGAGCUUCUCUAGCCCUAGAUGUGGCUCCGGACACGUUGGUAUUGUGGAUUACGGGGUUCGGAAUAACCUAAGUGAGACGUGGGACACAUUCUGCUACAGAGUGAAAGAUGUGCAGUGUAAAUGUAAAACUGGCUACAUUGGUGAUGGAUUCUCCUGUACUGGAAACUUGAUGCAGGUUCUCUCUGCAACACCGACCCUGUCUAACUUCCUGUCUCAAAUCCUGAAUUUUUCAACAUCUGCAUCAGGAAAAGCAUUCGUGAAUCGCCUUCGGAACAUCACUAUCCAGUCCACUCUGUUUGUACCUGAUAACGAUGGUCUCUAUAGCAACCAGACUUUAAGUGGCAGAGACAUAGAGCACCAUCUCCUGGAUGGGAGGGCUUUAAUACUGCAGGCCCUUAUUAACGUCACUCAUGUCCGAACACGACUGGGCUCCAGUCUGACCAUCACCGGUGUGCCUGACCUCCAGAACCCUCAAAAAAUGACCUCCUCAGGAUACAUCAACGACCGGUAUGUCAUAGACUCCAACAUUUUUGCAUCCAACGGGGUGAUCCACGUUCUGCAGGGCCCUCUGAAAGCGCCUCCACCUCCAACUCCCUCCUUCCACCCGGCUCAUCAGGCUGGGUUGGGCAUCGGCGUCCUGGGGCUCAUCAUUCUCAUCGUAGUGGCUGGAUUCGUGGGAUACAAUUUCUACACACAUAAAACAAAGCCAUUCCAGUUCCACUAUUUUAAGGAGGAUGAAGGGGAAGAUGUCACCCCAACAGAAUCCAGUCCAAACAUCAGUAAUCCUGUAUACGACGCUGCUCCUGCCACUAAAGAACAACCACCAACGGAAGAAGACAAGCAUCAAGUGAUUUCCAGUGGAGUCUUUGACCUCCUGCAGGACAGCUGAAAUCACCUCUGAAACCAAGCAGUCGGUGCAGCUCUCUUUCUGAACACAAGAGGAAAAUGUGAACUCCAUGUUGCAGUGAUGGGACUUUACAUGCUAACAGUAGACAGAGAAAUCAGAAUCUGUGUGUGCAUGUGUGUGAUUGGUGUGUGAUGAGUGUGAAUAUGUCAUUUUUAAAACUUGUUUACUAGCAGUUUCUAAAUUCUGUUGUAUUAAAGACAUUAAUAAAUGUCCAACAUGCAAUGAUUUAAAUAACUGCCCUGCUUAAAGCACAAUUUAAGGAAACAAAUGGAAAUAAAAAUAAAGAAGUGUUAAGGUUGUGGAUUA